AAAGGGGAACGAACGUAGGUGUAAAAGCUCAGCUCGCUUGACCGAGUCUGUACUUGUUGGAGAGUGGUGAGGAGCAAGCAAGUACUCUUGAGAGAUGUCUCCAAUGAUGAUGCUGAGAAUUGUCUGCGGCUUGAUACUCUAUGGCUCAUUUUGCGAUAGCAAUGUGCAGCCUUGUGUCGCACGAAAGACGAUCCCCUAUCCAGACGAUCUUGUGACAUUCCGCGAGGAUGGGAUGAACUACUACAACGCCAUGCUGAUUAUGGAGGAGCUGGGACUGCUGAUAGUGGGAGCCAGAGAUGCUCUUUUUGCCUUGGACAUCAAUAACAUCUCUGCCAAGAUGCAUCACGUAUCCUGGCCGAGAACGGGAGGGAAGGCGUGCACGAGUGACCAGUUGAAUUGUCACAAUUACAUCCGGAGCCUCCACCAAACUUCCAACACCGCGGUGCAAAUGUGUGGGACAAAUGCUAUGUGGCCCAGGUGCGACAGUUUGGUGAGUUGAAAAUAGACACGUCUGAAAGGCUUGACAAUAUCUGUUGAAAGCAAGCAGCCAGCCCCCUCCCUCCCUAUCAAUUGUUGAUUGUGUGUGGGGCUAUAUGUUGAAAGAAAGAAAGCAAGCAAGCAAGCAAGCAAGCAAGCAAGCAAGCAGCCCUUACUUAUCCCGUUGUCUGCCAAGGCAAGGACAUUUCAACAGGGA